UUCUUUGAUUCAUAAUGUAAUCAAACACUUCGCUCCAAUACUUUGGAUCCUCAGACGGGCGGAGCUUCAGAUUUCUGGGAUGUAGCGAUCAUAAGGGCCCGUAUAGAUAUUUUUCUCAGGCCAAGAACAGGCCCUGUAUAUGAUAACCAAUUGACACCGGAUAAAUAAUUUUUGUCCUGUCAAAGUAAGUGCCAUUCCCCAAAUUUUUGUAUUCAAAGUCCACGUUUCACGUCGAUGUUUAAUGAGGUUACGGGCAAAUUCAAGUAGUAGCAUUAAUGUGUAAGCACGGCUCACCUGAAUGGAUAUUUCUCGCAAAUCGAGGGUGAAGUUAAAGGUUUAGAUCAACACCACUUAUGGCGACUUGUUUGAGUCCGCGAAAUUCCGAAGUAAAUGCGCUAGAACAAAGGGGCUAUCUGAUAGGCAAGAAGAUAGGUCAAGGGUCGUAUGCGACCGUCCAUCUGGCCGACUAUGUGGACAGCACCGGCCCGAAAAAGAUGCGCCUCGCCUGCAAGAUCUUCGACAAAGAGAAGGCGCCCAAGGAUUUUUUAGAGAAAUUCUUCCCUAGAGAACUGGAAAUACUCACAAAAAUCGAGAAUCCGCAUAUCAUACAGGUCCACAGCAUUUUGCAGAGGGGACCCAGGGUAUUCAUAUUUAUGAGAUACGCCGACAAUGGCGAUUUACUAGACUUCAUAAAGAAAAACGGCGUGGUGCCUGAACAACAGGCGAAGAUCUGGUUCAGGCAAAUGGCCAGCGGACUACACUACCUUCACGGCAAGAAUAUCGCGCACAGGGACCUGAAGUGCGAGAACAUUCUACUGUCCAGGAGGUUUAACGUGAAGCUAGCCGAUUUUGGUUUCGCUAGGUUUUGCUUGGGCUCUGACAACAAGCGCGUCCUGAGCCACACGUACUGUGGAUCAGCAGCGUACGCAGCACCGGAAGUGGUCAAUGGGACGCCUUACAAUCCGAAGUUGUCGGACGUCUGGUCAUUGGGUAUCAUUCUCUUUAUCAUGUUGAAUGCAUCAAUGCCUUUUGAUGACUCGAAUUUACGAAAACUACUAAAGGACCAGAUCACGAAAAACUGGGUAUUUCGAUCUAGAGCUAGAGACACACUUUCAUCUUGUGCCAAGUCGCUUGUGCGGCAUUUAUUGGAGCCAGAUCUUACUGUAAGACUAACUUUGGAUAGGGUAAUUCAACACGACUGGCUGCGCAUGAGGAGAGAUCGCCCUUCAUCUCUGACUGGUAGGCUGGUCCACUCAGCGCCACACGGUCAGACAACCAGCCAAUCAGCGCAUGUGAGCGGAGAAUACGAAAAUGAAGCUGUCCCUGGGGAUUUUCAAAGCCCUGAGACCAAGAAAAGCGAAAUGAUGAUUUCAGUGACGGAUAAUUGACAUACACGCAUUUUAUGUAAUUUAUCGCUAGGAAAUUGACAGUAUAAAGACAUACAUGGUGUAAAUAGUACUUAUACAAAGGAUGAAAAUUAUUUAUAAUGAUAAUAAUUAUCUGAUGUCUGAUUUCACUAGGAAUAAAUACCUGCUAUUCUGUUCGCUAUUGACGGAAUUAUAUAUGGGAUAUAAGGAAUGUUAGGUGUUGUUACUUAUCUCCGUAAAACGGCACACUGGUAAAACUCCUCACAUCUUACUAUAACAAUCCUUACAUGGAAGAACAAGUUGUGCAGAAAUCAGAAAAGACAGCUAAAAUUAUGAAAGAUCGCUAUGCAACUAUGCAAAGCUUCGCAACCGUACACACGAUCCUGUUACCAGUAAUCUUUACAAGGGCCUCUGACGUGUUUUACAGAAUCGCACCAUCGCAGGACGUCGAGUAAGAGGGUCAGAAAACGGUGUUUAUGGCUAGCCUUACAUCCACGCUCCUGCCCUCUAUAAAGCAAUAGCGAAACUAUGAUUAAUACGACUGAAAAUUGACAGAUGGUUGGCAGAUGUCACGAAGUUGACAUUAAUCUAUUGACCUAACCUCACUUUUAA